UCUUGUGAGAAAAAUGAUCCCAUUUCCUCUCUCCUGUCCUGUUCCUCCGACAACAUGAACUACACAUGCUUCUCUGAAGCAAACAACGUGACUGCAGAUCCUCUGGGGGGACAUCAGGUCUGGGAGGUUGUCCUCAUCGUGCUGAUCACUGGCCCCCUCUCCCUCGUCACAAUUGUGGGCAACCUGCUGGUUGUCGUCUCCUUCCGAGUCAACACUCAGCUCCGCACCACCAGCAACUACUACCUGCUCAGCCUGGCGGUGGCCGACCUCAUACUCGGCGCGGUGUCCAUGAACCUUUACACGGCUUACAUAAUCAUGGGCCGCUGGAUGUUGGGCCCCACGGCGUGCGAUGUCUGGCUCGCGGUGGAUUACGUUGCCAGCAACGCCUCCGUCAUGAACCUGUUGGUCAUCAGCUUUGACCGGUACUUUUCUGUCACACGGCCCUUGACAUAUCGAGCCAAAAGAACACCAAAACGAGCCGGGUUGCUGAUCGCCCUGGCUUGGACUGUCUCGUUCAUCCUCUGGGGGCCAGCCAUCUUGUUCUGGCCCUACAUGGUUGGGCGUCCGCCAUCCGACGUGGGAGAUCAGGACUGUUCGAUACCUUUCUUUAAGGUGCCACUGCUCACGUUUGGGACAGCCAUCGCCGCUUUCUACCUGCCUGUCUGCAUCAUGGUCAUCUUGUACUGGAGGAUUUACUGGGAGAUCAAGAACCGGUCAAAGGGACUCGCCAAGCUUUUGGGACAGAACGGAGGAGGGGGGAGCUUGAAUAGUCCAGACCAUCAGUCAGUGUACCCCAACAGCGUGCAGAGCAGCUUGAGAGGCCCCAGAGAGGGGCCCGUGGUGACGAGGAAGAGCCAGAAGGAGCGGGUGGGGUGCUUCCCAAAGAAUGUGAGAGUUCAGCAACUCAGCAAGGGGAAGAAGGUGGCAGUCAUUUUGGAGCUGGCAUCACAGAGGUGUGAGGGCAGUUUCCAGGAAGGGUAUAGCCGCAACAGCUGGAGUGGCGACAACGAGGAAGAUGAGGAAGAUGAGGCCGUUGUGUCGACCUCUACCGAAGAGGAACUGGAGCAGGAGUUCAAGGACACCACAACAGCAAUCAAGCUGAAACAUCUACACGAAGCGCCAAAUGGCAGUCGGGAAAUUAAGAUUUCACCCCAAGCAUUCAUUGUGGGACCCGCCACCACAGCUGGACAGUCAAGCCUGCGAUCCUCCCUCAACGGGCCUAAACACAAGGACCCAGGGCCUUUGAAGCAACAAAAGGGCAAACGGCGACGCAACAUGAUCAUUAGGGAGAAGAAGGCAGCUCGGACACUAAGUGCUAUCCUGCUAGCAUUCAUUCUAACCUGGACGCCAUACAAUGUCAUGGUGCUGGCCUCAAUGUCAUACUGCGUGCCAGAGAAGCUGUGGCAGCUGGGCUACUGGCUGUGCUACGUCAACAGCACUGUGAACCCCAUGUGUUACGCCCUGUGCAACGAGUCCUUCCGCAGCACCUUCAAGUCACUGCUGCUUUGUCAACAGAGUGAGAGCAAAACCUGGGACGCCAGUCACCGCAGUCACCGCAGUCACCGCAGUCACCACGCAUCUGUCAGGAUGCAGUCUUGUAGUACAGUAUGA